AUGGAAGACAAGGGAGCAAGACAGUACAGCUCUCUUAUAGUUCCUUGUGUUCAAGAGAUGGUGAAGGAGAAGAUGAUCACGACUGUUCCUCCCAGGUAUGUACGCUCUGAUCUAGCCAAAGCUGACAUGGCUGAUGACAUUGAGAUCCCAGUCAUCGACAUGAAUCUUUUGUCUUCUUCAACCUCCAUGGAUUCUGAGAUUGAUAAGCUCGACUUUGCUUGCAAAGAAUGGGGAUUUUUUCAGGCAAGCCUCAAAACUCAAUAG